UAUAAGUAUGAGUGCAAGGCCGAAGGGUCACCAAAACUCUUGGUUCUUAUCACCACAUCUCUUGCUCUCUCUCGAUCUCUCUCUCUCUCUUCAAGUCCAACACAGUUUCUGGACAAAAAAGCAUGGAAGAAAACCUACUAGAAAAACAUGUAAAAGAGAGAGUAACAUGGCGUGUUUACAAUGAAGAAAUGAGAAGGAUCUGUCAUAUAGCAGGGCCUAUGGUGGCUGUGGUUGCUUCACAAUAUUUGUUGCAAGUUGUGUCAACUAUGAUAGUUGGUCAUGUUGGUGAACUCUAUCUUUCUAGCGCCGCCUUAGCCAUAUCUCUUGCUGGGGUCACUGGUUUCAGUCUUCUUAUGGGAAUGGCUAGUGGAUUGGAGACAACUUGUGGACAAGCUUAUGGAGCUGAGCAAUAUGAAAAAAUUGGAAUGCAAACAUACACUGCCAUUUUCUCUCUUACUUUGGUUUGUCUUCCCCUGUCUCUCCUUUGGAUCAACAUGGAAAAAUUACUAAUUUUCAUUGGCCAAGACCCUCUAAUUUCCCACGAAGCAGGGAAAUUCACAAUUUGGCUACUUCCAGCACUUUUUGCAUACGCAAUUCUACAACCAUUAGUUCGAUAUUUCCAAAUUCAAAGUUUGCUUCUUCCCAUGUUAGCAAGUUCUUGUAUCACUUUUUGUAUCCAUGUACCUCUUUGUUGGGCUUUGGUAUUCAAGACAAGACUGAAUAAUGUUGGUGGAGCAUUGGCAGUGAGCAUUUCAAUAUGGUUAAAUGUCAUUUUUCUUGGAUUAUACAUGAGAUACUCUUCUGCAUGUGCAAAAACUCGAGCACCCAUUUCCAUGGAGCUGUUCAAAGGAAUUUGGGAGUUCUUUCGUUUUGCUAUCCCUUCGGCAGUAAUGAUUUGUCUUGAAUGGUGGUCAUAUGAGCUGCUUGUCUUGCUGUCGGGGUUGUUACCAAAUCCACAACUUGAAACUUCAGUUCUAUCCGUAUGUCUCAACACCAUUGCAACUCUCUAUACAAUACCCUUUGGAAUCGGUGCUGCAGCAAGCACAAGGAUUUCAAAUGAAUUAGGAGCUGGGAAUUCUCAUGCUGCCCGUGUUGCUGUGUUAGCAGCAAUGUCUCUUGCAGUGAUAGAGACAGCUAUAGUAAGUGCUACACUCUUUGCAUGCCGCCAUGUUUUUGGUUACAUUUUCAGCAAUGAGAAGGAAGUUGUUGAUUAUGUCACUGUCAUGGCCCCUCUGGUUUGCAUAUCUGUUAUACUGGACAGCAUGCAAGGUGUUCUCACAGGGAUUGCAAGAGGUUGUGGAUGGCAACAUUUAGGGGUUUAUGUCAAUCUAGGGGCGUUCUAUCUCUUUGGAAUUCCAAUUGCAGCCUUAUUGGCAUUUUUGGUGGGACUUGGAGGAAAAGGACUUUGGAUUGGUAUCCAAGGUGGUGCUUUUGUUCAAACUGUUCUACUUUCUGUCAUAACAGGUUGCAUAAAUUGGAAAAUGCAGGCGAUCAAGGCAAGAAAGAGGCUAUUUGAUGGUCAAUUUUCAGCAGACAAUAUAGUGGUAUGACAAACCAGCUCUUAAUCCAAGGCCAAUUUUCUAAAAAUGAGGACUGUUCUUCAUGAACGAGGAGUGAGAUUUUGGGAUUUUGAAGUGGUUAGCUAGCUAUUUGAGCUUAAACCUCCGUGCAUCUGAUUGAAGAAUAAUCUUAGGAGUUUUUUUUGUCAUGAUAAUAAGAUAAACGAUUAGCAAUAUAUUUGAUAUAGUAGCAAUGUGCUGCUUGGAAUGCAAAAUGUCAUUUUGAGCUAUUCUAACUGUUUGUUUAAUUGCCGAUCCUUUCUACAUUCAACUAAAAUUGAGUUAUUGUAACUUUUAA